AGGCUGUCUACCGAGUCGUUUAUAGCAGUCUGUCGCGAGAUUUUCGCUGGACAAAAUUGAACAGCUACUGAUCAACUGAAGACCUCAAAUCAAAAUGUCACCACCACCAGUUCAACGGUUUAUUCAACAUGGGGCGCACAAAGGCAAGGGAAUUGCCGUCUUCACCAGCGGUGGAGAUUCGCAAGGCAUGAAUGCCGCCGUCCGUGCCGUUGUCCGUAUGGGCAUUUAUGUGGGAUGUAAGGUAUACUUCAUCCGCGAGGGCUACCAGGGCAUGGUCGAUGGCGGGGAGCACAUCGUGGAAGCCAACUGGGCCUCAGUAUCCAGUAUUAUCCACCGUGGCGGUACGGUGAUCGGAUCGGCCCGCUGCAUGGACUUCAAGGAACGUGCCGGACGGCUGAAGGCUGCCCAGAAUCUGGUCGUCCGUGGCAUCACCAAUCUGGUGGUGAUAGGUGGUGACGGUUCGCUGACCGGUGCCAACCUGUUUCGACAGGAGUGGAGCAGCUUGUUGGACGAGCUGCUGGCGGCCGGUCGGAUUACCCAGGACCAGCGACUUAAGAACAAAGCGCUGCACAUUGCCGGCAUGGUCGGUUCGAUCGAUAACGAUUUCUGCGGUACGGACAUGACCAUCGGUACCGAUUCGGCCCUGCACCGCAUCAUCGAGGCCAUUGAUGCUAUCGUUAGUACUGCCUACUCUCACCAGAGAACCUUCAUCAUGGAGGUCAUGGGCAGACAUUGUGGAUAUCUGGCAGUUGUUGCUGGUGUGAUUUCCGAAGCUGAUUAUGUUUUCAUUCCAGAAUCGCCUCCUCCCCUCGAUUGGGAGGUGAAACUUUGCUCCAAACUAGAACAGGAACGUUCCGCAGGUCAAAGAUUGAACAUCAUCAUCGUGUCGGAGGGUGCCAUCGAUCGCGAAGGUCAACCGAUCACGGCCGAGAAGGUCAAACAGGUGGUGGUCGACAAGCUGAACCAGGACACUAGGAUUACCGUGCUGGGCCACGUGCAGCGCGGUGGCAACCCCAGCUCGUUCGAUCGUAUUCUGGGUUGCCGCAUGGGUGCCGAAGCCGUGUUGGCUCUGAUGGAAGCGACCGACACCACCGAACCAUGCGUCGUCUCGCUGGACGGAAACCAGGCCGUGCGUGUCCCGCUGAUGGAAUGCGUCCAACGUACCAAGGCCGUCGCCCAAGCCAUGGCGGAUAAGAACUGGGAAAUGGCCGUUGAACUACGUGGUCGUUCGUUCGCCCGGAACCUGGAGACGUACAAGAUGUUGACGCGCUUGAAGCCACCGAAGGAGGUUUUCGAUGCACAGGGUCGUGGCAUCGGAGGUUAUACGAUGGCUGUGAUGCACAUCGGUGCUCCGGCUUGCGGUAUGAAUGCAGCCGUUCGAUCAUUCGUCCGGAAUUGCAUUUACCGUGGUGACUCGGUGAUGGGCAUCCACGAUGGUAUCGAGGGUCUGAUCGCCGGCAAUAUCAAGAACAUGGAUUGGUCCAAUGUAACUGGAUGGGUCGGACAGGGCGGUGCCUUCCUGGGUACCAAGCGUACUCUUCCGGAGGGCAAGUUCAAAGAAGUUGCUGCCCGUUUGAAGGAAUUCAAUAUUCAAGCUCUGCUGAUCAUCGGUGGAUUUGAGGCUUACCACGCUGCAGGCCAGCUGGCGGAUCAACGCGACAACUUCAAGGAGUUCUGCAUCCCAAUCGUGGUCAUUCCGGCGACCAUUUCCAACAAUGUUCCUGGAACGGAGUUCUCUCUCGGUACUGAUACCGGUCUGAAUGAGAUUACCGAAAUUUGCGAUCGUAUCCGUCAGUCGGCUCAGGGUACCAAGCGUCGUGUUUUCGUCAUCGAAACCAUGGGUGGCUACUGUGGCUAUCUGGCCACGCUUGCUGGUCUCUCUGGCGGUGCCGAUGCUGCCUACAUCUACGAGGAAAAGUUCUCCAUCAAGGACCUUCAGCAGGAUGUCUACCAUAUGGCAUCGAAGAUGAGUGACGGCGUCCAGCGUGGUUUAAUUCUGCGUAACGAAAAAGCUUCGGACAACUACAACACUGAAUUCAUCUUCCGCCUGUACUCGGAGGAAGGCAAAGGACUGUUCUCCACCAGGAUGAAUGUGCUGGGUCACAUGCAACAAGGUGGAUCGCCAACUCCUUUCGAUCGAAACAUGGGUACCAAAAUGGCGGCCAAGUGCGUCGAAUGGUUGGUUGAGCAGCUGAAGGCCAACACCGCUGCGGACGGUACCAUCUGCGCCAAGGGUCAGGACUCUGCCUGCCUGCUGGGAUUGGUUCGCCGCCAGUACAAAUUCUCCCCGCUGAAGGACCUGAUCGCGGAUACGAACUUCGAGCAGCGCAUCCCGAAGCAGCAGUGGUGGUUGAAGCUCCGCCCAUUGUUGAGAAUCCUGGCCAAGCACGAUUCUACCUACGAGGAGGAAGGCCUCUACAUCACCGUCGACGAGGAAAUGUCCACCGAUUCACCGGUCGCAUAAACAAACACAACGGCUGGCCAGUAGGUAUAGGAAUAAAACAAAGUAAAAACAAACAAACAAACAAACAA